AGAUGGGUGGCAUAACUCCUGUGUGUCUUCUUCUUUUGCUGUGGGCUGGUGUCACAGUGAGCUCAGUCCUGGAUCUGCAGAAGAGAAUCGUUGGAGGUCAAGAAUGUGAUAAGACUGAUCGUCUGUACCAUGUGAAGUUGAUAUGGAGAAACGGUAACCGUAGAUCCCUCUGUGGUGGAUCUCUGAUCAGUAACCAGUGGAUUCUGACUGCACUUCACUGCUGGGAGGAUGGGCCAGGAUGGACUGUGACAGCAGUUGUAGGUGUGCAUCCAGGUCCAGGAACAGAAGAAAAAAUCAUAGACUAUGACAUCUAUCAUCCUGACCAUGACUUCAUGCUGCUGAAGCUAAAGAACCCUACUACUACUAUUCACCCUGUACAACUUCCUGACUGUACAGCUCCGCCUCGUGUGCCUCUAGGGAAGGAAGUUCAGAUUGCAGGUUAUGCAGCUACAACUAAAGCUCCUAACGCUGUUCCAUCAACUACCCUCCAAUGUGCUAAGACUACGGUUGCCAUCUAUUCAACUUUGUCACAAAUGCACGUAUUCUACGGCCGAGAUAUUACAGAGCUCCCUAAAGUGGCUACAUGUCCAGGUGACUCUGGUGGAGGAGUGGUGUACAAUAACAGGAUAUAUGGUGUCAUUAUUGGUGAAACAAUUAAAAAAGCAGUAGGCUGUGUUCGACCUGUAUUUGUGGACGUCUGUGAAUACAUCACCUGGAUCAAACCCAGUAUUAAUGGCCCAAAGAGAUGUCUAAUGUGUGGUUAACUAUAAAAUGCUCUGUCAUUUAUCAGACAUUUCACAUGCAAUAAGAAAAUUGUUGAGUUACUCUAAAUUUGCACUUGAUCAAUUUACAAUUGUUUGGAUUGCAUUAAAUAUUCAUCAUCAUAUCAUAUCAGUCUAUUGUUCCAAAAAAUACUUUUAACAAUUAUAAUCAAUGUGACUAAUUUGACAAUGUUGUCAGUUUAAAUAAAACGAAGAUGACUCACUA